GCCGACAUGCAACGCCCUGGCCACCCCGGCAAAGGACGCUGGCAAUUCAGCCUUUGCAGCUGGCAGGUACCAGGAGGCAUAUGACUACUACUCGCAGGCCAUCAUGGCAGAUCCGGACAGCGCCUUGCUGCGCUCAAACCGUUCAGGUGCAGCUGCGUCUUUGGGAAGAUACGUGGAUGCCUUGGCCGACGCGGACAAGGCUUGCCAGCUGCGUCCCGAAUGGUACAAAAGCCAUGUACGUCGCGGACAUGCGAUGUGGAAUCUGAAUCGCGUCACCGAUGCUGAGGCGUGCUACCAAGAAGCGCUGCAUCUCAACCCGGAGGAUAAAUCUGUGGAAGAGGCGCUGGAGCGCUGCCUGCAGCGCAAGCGCGGCGGGGCUCCUACCGGCGGCGCCGCGGCGCCGGCCACAGGUGACCUCCGCACGGCGGCCAUGCCAUCACCCGGGUGGCCUGCGCAAGGCGCACAGAUGAUGCCUGGGCAGAUGAUGCCCGGGCAAAUGAUGCCCGGGCAAGUCAUGAUGCCGGGGCAAAUGAUGAUGCCGGGGCAGAUGAUGCCGGGGCAGAUGCUUCCUGGCCAGAUGAUGCCUGCCGCGCAGAUGCUGCCCGGGCAGAUGAUGCCAGCGGCGCAGAUGAUGCCGAGCCAGAUGAUGCCUGGAGCACAGAUGGCUCCAAUGGGGCACAUGAUGGGGCCCGGCGUGCAGACGACCCCUCAAGGCGGGGCAAUGGCCAAUGCUUCGCAGCUGCCCUCUGACCUGAACAAACUCUCAGACAAGGAGAUGAGGCAGCGACUGGAGGAAAGUGUCGCCAUGCUCUCCGAUGAGCAGCUUGACGAAGAGCUGAAAAGUGCAGGAAUUCAAGUGCCUGCAGAUGCCACCCGAGCAGAGAAGGUGCAGAAGUAUUUGCACAUUGACGCACCGCUGAAAGCACCGCCUGCGGAGAAGCACCAACCCAUCAUGGCACGCUACGACUCCCGUGGGGGAGAGCGCACUCGGGGGGAUCGCCUGAUGGAGCGUCGGAAGAAGUGGGUCGAGGAGUGGAGCACCUGGAGCGAGGAACAACUUCUCCGCCGACUCCUGCGCUUCAACAUCGAUGCCUCCGGGAACCCCAAAGCGGUCUUGAUCGAUCUCCUGCUGGAAGCCGAAACGGAACGAGCCAACAGGCAGCGAUGCACGCCGAAGAGACUCCAAUUCUUCGGCCUGGCUUGCGUUGGCGCCACGGUGCUUGGCACCUUCGUCACCGUCGGCGCCAUCUUCGCGAUCGGCCUCUGA